AUGCCGCAGCAAUUGAGCCCCAAGGACCAUGCCUUGUUUCGUCAAGUGGUCCGCAACUUUGAGCUGAAGCAGUACAAGAAAGGCAUUAAAACGGCAGACCAGGUUCUAAAGAAGAACCCCAACCAUGGCGAUACCGAGGCGAUGAAGGCUCUUAUCAUGAGCCACCUGGGGCAGUCGGAGGAGGCUUUCGCCCUUGCGAAGGAGGCCCUACGACACGACAUGAAGUCACACAUCACCUGGCACGUCUACGGCCUUCUAUACCGCCAAGAGAAAAACUAUGAGGAGGCCAUCAAGGCGUACCGCUUUGCCCUGCGAAUCGAGCCUGACUCUGGACCUAUCCAGCGGGAUCUAGCUUUGCUGCAGAUGCAGAUGCGCGACUACCAGGGCUACAUCCAGAGCCGCUCAGCUAUGUUGCAGGCUCGCCCGAACUUCCGUCAGAACUGGACAGCCCUUGCGAUCGCUCACCACCUAUCAGGAGAUCUGGAGGAGGCUGAGAAGAUUUUGACAACAUUCGAAGAUACGCUGAAGGGCACCCCACCAGUGGCGGACAUGGAGCAUUCAGAGGCGACACUGUACAAAAACACCAUUAUUGCGGAGUCAGGGGAUCUAGCGCGAGCGCUGGAGCAUCUCGAAAAAGUCGGUUACAGAUGUACUGAUGUGCUUGCGGUUAUGGAGAUGAAGGCCGAUUAUCUCCUUCGCCUGGAUCGCAAGGAGGAAGCGGCUGAGGCAUACACAGCACUGUUGGAGCGUAACCCUGAAAACUCUGUCUAUUACAAUGGCUUGAUCCUCGCAAAGGGCAUCGCCGAAAGCGAUCACAACGCCCUGAAGGCUCUAUACGAUGAAUGGGGCGAUGAUUUCAAGCAGGCGGUCGACGCCUAUCUGCAGCGCAUGCUCAAGAAGGGCGUACCCUCACUGUUUGCUAACAUUAAGUCUCUCUACGAUGAUCCUGCCAAGCGCGAUACGGUUCAGGCCCUGGUCGAAGGGUAUGUCUCUGGCAAGGCUGCACAGGCUAAUGGGUCGUCCGAUUCAGAAAAUGAAUUUCUCGCCUCAUCCUACUACUUUCUCGCCCAACACUACAACUACCGCCUCAGCCGUGACCUCGCCAAGGCCACUGAAUACGCAGACAAGGCUAUCGCUCUCUUUCCAAAGUCUGUGGAGUACCAACUGACCAAAGCACGCAUCUGGAAGCACUACGGAAACCCAGCCAAGGCUGCGGAGGAAAUGGAGAAGGCCCGGUUGCUGGACGAGAAGGACCGAUACAUCAAUUCUAAGGCUGCGAAAUACCAGCUUCGUAAUAAUGAGAACGACAAGGCUCUCGAUCUUAUGAGCAAGUUUACUCGCAACGAGACUGUUGGUGGGGCUAUGGGUGACCUGCAUGAGAUGCAGUGCGUGUGGUAUCUGACAGAGGAUGCCGAAGCCUAUCUGCGCCAGAAGAAGCUUGGACUUGCACUCAAGCGUAUUCACGGAGUCUACAACAUCUUUGAUACAUGGCAAGAGGAUCAGUUCGAUUUCCACGGAUUCUCUCUGCGCAAGGGUAUGAUCAGAGCUUAUGUGGAUAUGGUCCGUUGGGAAGAUCGUUUGCGUGAACACCCCUUCUACGCCAGAAUUGCUACCUCUGCCAUCAAGGCUUAUCUGCUUCUUCACGACGAGCCCGAUCUCGUCCAUGGACCAAUCACUAGCGGCGCAAAUGGCACUGAGAUUACAGAUGAUGCUGAAAGGAAGAAGGCCCUUAAGAAGGCUAAGAAGGAGCAACAGCGGCUCGAAAAAAUCGAGGCCGAUAAGCGUGAGGCACGCAAGGCUGCGGCCGCGAAUGCGAAGAGCACUGUCGAUGGAGAAGUCAAGAAGGAGGACCAAGAUCCUCUAGGGAACACCUUGGUCCAGACCAAGGAGCCUUUGAAGGAUGUAAUGAAGUUCCUGACUCCUUUGCUGGAGCUCACCCCAAAGAACAUCGAAGCCCAGACUCUUGGUUUUGAAGUGUAUCUCCGAAGGGGUAAACAUGCCCUUGCCCUGAAGUGUCUGUCCGCUGCCCAUGCUAUUGAUCCCUCAAACCCUACCCUCCACGUGCAACUACUGCAGUUCCGCAAAGCUCUUGAUUCUCUCGCCGAACCCCUCGCUCCUCAGGUUGCCGAGGUUGUAAACCCUGAAUUUGAGAAGCUCCUUCCCAAGUCUCAGGACCUCACACAGUGGAACGAGUCUUACCUCUCUGCCAACAAGGAUAGUGCAUCGCACGUUCAGGCCGCACUGACUGUCCGUCAGCUCCUCGACAAAGAAUCCAAGGCCCAGUGUGAGAAAGAUCUUGUCGCCUCUCUUGACGCGCUCAAGAUCUCCUUUGACGACGCCGUGUCGGGCCUGGAUCUCCUGGGCGAAUGGGGAAGUGAUAAGACCGCCUUUGCUGAAAAGGCCAGCAAGAAGUGGCCCGAGGCUUCCGCCUUCCAGCUGAACUGA